AUGAGCCAGCGAUCUCGCCUCGACCCAUAUGCGGAACUGAUCGACUUGACGGACUCGCCCGUCAAGAAGAGGACCGAUAAUCGGCGUGCGGCGCCCUCGCACGGGUCUUCAAGUCCAAUGUUUGUCGGCCAACGUCCCCCUCCCCCUCUUGCAUCUUCCCAAUCUGCAAACGUCGCGGCCCCCGCCAACGCAUUUGACUUUGACUCUGGCUUUGGAGCCAGCAUUGCCAAAAAGUCUACACCUUCUCGCCCAGCAGGAGCUUCUCGCAAGGGCGGCAACCGCGGCGGUAUGGAGUCCUACAUCAAGCCUUCGUCUGGCGCCUUUGGCGGCCGUCCAAGUGGAGCCAGUGCUUUUGACCGCGCUGCCAACUACCGCAACGACGGCUGGCCAUCAUGGACCGACGAACGCACUGCACCCAAGAGCGGCCCGGCGCCAGUCCCAAUCCCCAUCCCCCAGAACGUCGUCGCGCGUGACAAGGAGGAAGUCGAGGAGAAUGGCGAGGACUUUGACAUUGGUGCCGCCCAGUACUCGGCCGCCGACUUUGAGCGCUGUGGUGGUGACCCCGAGGAACAGAUGCGCGAGCUCCUCGCUGGUGCAGUCGGUGACGGCGAGGAAGGUGGCGACGACGAGGGCGACGACACUGUCGAGGGGUUCGCGGACGGCAUGAGGCUCAUGCCCCACCAGGUCCGUGGUACCCGCUGGAUGCGUGAGCGCGAGUCUGGGCGCAAGUAUGGAGGAAUCCUUGCAGACGACAUGGGUCUCGGUAAGACCGUUCAGACUCUGGCUCGUAUCGUCGAGGGGAGGCACACUCCUGCCGAGAAGAAGGUCUACAAGGGUGGAACUCUCAUUAUUGCCCCCCUCGCAGUCAUGGAGCAGUGGGCCACCGAAGUCCGCACCAAGACCAAGACUGGUCUCCUCAAGGUCACGACGCACCACGGUCCCAAGCGUACAACGAGUGAGGAUCUUGAAAAGUUUGACGUCGUCAUCACGACGUUCCAGGUCCUCUCAUCCGAGUUUGGGUCUCUUGAAAAGUCUAUCCAGGCAAACGCAAACGCCGUGUCCGACUCGGACGACAGCGAUAGCGACAGCGACAGCCCCCCUCGCAAGGGCAAGGGUAAAGGCAAGGGAAAGAAGAAGGCCACCAAGGCUGUUCGCAGGGCUGCGCUCUUUGACGUCAAGUGGCUACGUGUUGUUAUCGAUGAGGCACAGAACAUUAAGAACCACAAGACUGCCGCGGCCAAGUCCGCAGUCGAAUUGAGGGCCAAGUACCGCUGGUGCCUCACUGGUACUCCCAUCCAGAACAACGUCGAGGAACUCUACUCGCUCUUCAAGUUUCUCCGUGCGCGUCCACUUGACAACUGGCAGACGUUCCGUUCGCGUGUCUCGUCCGAGGUCAAGGCUGGACGCACCGGUGUCGCCAUGAAGCGUUUGCAUAUCAUUCUCAAGGCCAUCAUGCUCCGCAGGACAAAGGAUGCCACUAUCAACGGCAAGCCCAUCCUCAACCUUCCCGAGCGCCGUGUCGAGGUCGUCGAGUGCACCUUUGAUGCGGAGGAACGCCAGUUCUACGAUGCUCUUGAGCAACGCACUGCCCUCACGUUCAACAAGUUCCUCCGCAACGGCUCGGCCAUGAGCAACUACACUUCCGUCCUCUCCAUGCUUUUACGUCUCCGCCAGGCCUGUGAUCACCCCGCGCUUGUUACCAAGGCGCUGGCUUAUGACGUGGACGCACUCGAGAACAGCCAGGCUGACCAGGCUGAUGAGCUUGCUGAUCUUCUGUCGGGCCUUGGUGUCGCCUCUGAGAAGAAGUGCGAGAUCUGCUUUGUUGUCCUCGACGACCAGAAACUGAGCAUGUGUCCCGAGUGCAACGAGAUUGCGGUCAAGGCCAAGGGAGGAGACUGUGACCCUGUUCUCCCUCCCUCGAGUGCCAAAAUCCGUAAACUGCUUGAACUGCUCAGUGACAUCGACGAGCGCAGCGACAGCACCGAGAAGACGAUUGUGUUCUCGCAGUUUACCAGCUUCCUCGACCUCGUCGAGCCAUUCCUUGUGCAGGCCAAGAUCAAGUAUGUCCGCUACGACGGCACCCUUACGGCCGACCAGCGCGCCGUGGUUCUUGAAAAGAUUCGCACCAAGAAGGAGACUCGCGUCAUCCUCAUAUCGUUCAAAGCCGGAAGUACAGGUCUCAACCUCACGUGCUGCAACAACGUUGUUCUUAUGGACAUGUGGUGGAACCCAGCCCUCGAGGACCAGGCGUUUGACCGUGCCCACCGCCUCGGCCAGAAGCUCGACGUCAACAUCCACAAGCUCACUAUCGGCCAGACGGUUGAAGACCGCAUCCUUGCCCUGCAAACGCAGAAGCGUGAGCUCGCGCAGGCGGCGCUCAACGGCAGCAGCGUCAAGAACAUGAAGCUCACGAUGGCCGACAUUAUGAAGCUGUUCCAGCGCUCCUCCGACGAGUAG